AUCCGUCCUCCGGUCGACGAAACAUAGCGUUCGUUUAGCGAUUAAUACUUUCGGUGAUCGAAAUGAGGAGAAGAGUGUUAUCGCCGUUCGACUGUCUAUGCGAAAAUGAUGAGAGUGGAUCGCUUCUUAAUAGUAAUUGAUCUAGCGAUGCUUGUACCGAUAGGACGUUUCACCGCUUGAAUUCUGAGUUCUGAGUGUGGAGGGUCGACACUGCUCUUCCUGAUAGCGUGCUUAGCGAGGAAGAUCUCGAUACAUAUACCCUCUUCGUUUGAUUGGAUAUUAUGCAUGAAAAGGAUUGAUAUAUUUAUCGAAAACCUGGGCCAAAAUCUGAUCGUGCGGAAAAGAAGCAAACGACGACAAGCCUGGAUCACGCGGAUCAGCGCGGAGUAUUUAACCCGCGAUACUUCAGCCAGCACAGAAAUCGCUCGUCAGCUUCAGGCGGAGUCAAACGACGAGUUGGCUUCUUCUUCACGAUAUACCCUACAUAUAACACGGCUGAUGGAUGUAGAAGAAGAAAAACACGAUAUAUGAACACGUUCUCACUAAAGGACUGGAAUGGGAUUUUUGUUCGUGUUGUUGAUGUAUACUGCUGAGGAUUGACGGAUGAAGGUGGUUUUGAAAGAAAGAAAAACAAUAAUAAUUCGUGAAAACUGAAAACGUUUUGUUUCACUUUGAUAUUUGCAAUCCAUCUAGAAAGUAAAUUGGUAGAGGCCCAGUUCCUGAAACUGCCGAAAACAUCAGGAUUGAUCUAAAUAAUCAAGAUGAGCGCUCAAAGCGAGUUAUUCAACAAUGAAUAUUUUAAACAGAUCCAUACGCUUUAUGCAACGAUGUGUUACACAGAAGUGAUAUCUAAACCUCCCCCCUCAGACGGCAAACUAUACUGCACUCCAAAGCAUGAUGAUUUUCUCGGCUGCUGGAAUUACACAGAGGCGGGAACGAGGGCCUCCAUUCCCUGUCCUGAAAUACCCGGGUUUCAGAAAUCACAAAAAGUGUACUUCGACUGCACGGAAAACGGGACAUGGUAUGUAAAUCCGGCCACAGGGAGGGAAUACGCCGACUACUCAAAGUGCCGGAAUUAUCAAAAUGCCGUCAAGGAAUUGGAAGAAGAUCUUAUACAUAUCUACGUCACAAUAGCUCUGUUUUGUCUUUCAUUCAUCAUGAUUUCAAUUUCCCUUGUCAUAUUCUUUAAGUUCAGACAGCUGCGAUGCGACAGGAUCACAAUCCACAAGAAUCUAUUUAUCUCCUAUCUCCUGACGGAUCUCUUCUGCCUGGUCUAUCUGUGUGUUCUCCAUUUAUCCGAACACGUGGUUCUACAUAAUCCGGUUUGGUGUCAGAUUCUGCAUGUAAUCACACAGUACACGAUCGUGUGUAACUUCGCCUGGAUGUUCUGUGAGGGACUGUAUCUACACACUGUGAUGAUGAGCGCCUUCACGUCAGGAAAAUCCAUCAUCAUCGCCUGCUUAGUCAUCGGAUGGUGUGUCCCGAUUCCUUUAACGAUCAUAUAUGCAGUUGUCCGGGCCACUCUGAAUGACAACACUAUAGCUUGCUGGAGCAGUGAAAGUAGUUUUUUGUGGAUUAUUUACGCUCCAGUGGUUCUUUCAAUGUCGAUCAACGUGGUAUUUGUUGUCAACAUCAUGCGCCUUCUCAUCACCAAACUCAGACAGAUACCGGAAGUUGCGCAAACUAGGAAGGCUGUACGAGCCACUGCUAUUCUGAUCCCGUUGUUGGGGUUGCAGUUUCUGAUUUUCAUCAAACGCCCAGAAAACAAGGACUCGACGCUCUCAGUCGUCUAUCAGUAUGCCUUGGCUAUGUUUGUUCCGCUACAGGGUGCGUUUGUGUCCAUUAUGUACUGCUUUUGUAAUGGAGAGGUGCGUAAGUUAAAGAACUCGUAUCAGCUCUCGACCAUUAGUACAUUUCGAAUGAGCCGGUUAUUAUCAAAACGCGCAGGUUCAUUCACUACUAAAACGAAAAUGGAGUCAACAUAAAGCAGCGUUACCCGGGAAACGGAAGAGAGCCCACUCCACCAUGAUUUCAAAUACCACUUACACAAUCGUGGACCAGAUGUCCCAGGUUCAGACGUCGACCACGUGAUUAUCAAUUACCAACAACAAAACAAACGGCAUGGUAGAAGAUAUAAAAAGAAAGAUCUAUAUUUUUAGAUUUAAGAUUAGAAAUCGCUUAAGAUUUUUUAAUAAUAUGAUUAUGGUGAUUUUGUACCUAUGCUCUAUAUUUGAUACGUUAUCUGAAUUUGAAUUUUGUCAAUGUUACACUUUGCUUGACUGAGUUGACUUUACGAACCGCUUACUUGGGAGUAUCAGAAGUCGUAUUUACAUAUUGAAAAUAGCCAAGCCUGAGAUUGGGGUUGAGUUCAUAUCAAUGUACUGAUUUUGGUGAAUGAAUUGUUUUCUUUUUUAUCUUAUUGCUUGCGUAUGUUAUAAGCCAUAGAAAGAAAUCUUUAUUACAGUGGGAAAAUAUCAUCUAUUAUUUAACUGCAUAUCAUAUGACGUAUCACUUCCAUAAAGAUGGACCUCUAUCGCGAUAAUAUCGUUGGCAGACCUUUGUCACAAUGAUAUCGUUGAUGGACCUCAAAUGCGUAAUUAAUGUCUUUGACGGACUUCUAUCGAGAGGUCAUUGGUAGUUGGAUCACUAUCCCGAUAUCGAGAUUAUCAUUAACGGAACUCUAAUAAGAUAAUACCAUUAACGGACCUCUAAUGAGAUAAUAACAUUGAUAAACUUCUACUGCGAUAAUGUCAAGGACAGAUCUCUAUUGCGAUAAUAUCAUUGACAGACCUCUGUUGCGAUAUCAUUGAAGUUCCAGAUAAGAUUACUUAUGUCAAUCAUAAUGAUGAAACUGAACAGCGUGUUUAUUCUAUAUAUGUAUGCUUGUUGUCCGUCACUGAGGUACGUGUAGUAUGAGAUAUAUGUGAUCAUGUUAAAGUACAGUAAAUAGUACAGGUAGACGAUAGUCAUACAUGUCAAUGUAAAUAUAAAAAUAAAAAUUCGGAAAAUCG